CGGGAAACACAACACGAAAGUCGAAAUUUUACGAUCGUAUAAAGUGGGCGUAACGAAAACAAAGUUUUAAAAACCACACCCCCUCUUUGGCCGUCAAAGGAAGAAACGUCAUGUGAAGCCGGCAAAAUCCUCUCCAUAAUUGUUUUGACGUGUCUCUUUUGGUCCGAAGUCGAGGAAUUUUUUUAACAACAGCGCUGCACGGGAUAGACGCAGCAAGAUGACGAUGCUCAUGCAGUGGCUGCAGAUUUUGGUGCCUGCUGGCGUUUUGUGGGCCACCGUGACCUACACGGCACUCAAGGAUAAGCCAUUCCAGGACCAGGGUUCACCUUUUGUACAGCUCAUCAUUCUUUUACCGUUCCUGGCAGUCAUAGCUCUAGGGUUGUAUGCCGUUUUUACUGUUCUGUGGAAAACGUUAUAUUUUAAUGACUGCACAGAAGCAUCAGAGGAUUUGAAAAAGGACAUAGCUGAAGCAAAAGAAUUUUUGAAGAAGAAUAAAUUAAUUGACACUGAAGAAUAGUCCAUCACAAUUAUAUACACACUAACUACUCAUGUUCUGAUGUUGAAAUCAAAUAAAAUAUUUUUGUCA